AUGGAGAACCUAACAUUCACUCCUCUCAGGCAGCCGAUUGUGUUUGAAYUGGAGGGCUUCGACGUUCCACCAGGACAUGGUCCUCUCUUGUUCUUCUUGGCCCUGUUUGCCUACAUGGUGGUGCUGCUGGGRAACGGAGUGGUGAUCUGUGUCGUCAUGACGGACCGCAACCUGCACAGACCCAUGUUUGUGAUGAUCUGCCACCUGGUGGUCUGUGACCUGCUGGGCGCCACGGCGGUGCUUCCCAGCCUCAUGAUGCACUUCUUGACAGGGCAGAGGAAGAUCAGCUACCUCUCUGCCAUUAUUCAGGGCUUCUGUGUUCACACUUACGGAGUUGCAAUGCACACUAUCCUGGGAGUGAUGGCUAUUGACAGGUAUGUGGCAGUGUGUGAACCUCUCAGGUAUCACUCCAUCAUGACUUCGGCUCGGCUGCACAGCUGCUGCGCUGUGGCCUGGAUCUUUGCUCUGGUGCUCAUCGCUGUGCUCUUCUCCUUCCAUGUAAAUCUUCCUUACUGCAGUCGAAUCAUUCAGCACGUCUACUGCAGCAAUAAGUCCAUAAUGAAUCUGGCCUGCACUCCCCCCCUUAUCAGCAACAUCUACGGUUUAUUCAUCACCUGGUUUGUGAGUACAGGGAUGUUCGUYGUCAUCGCUUAUUCCUACAUCAGGAUUCUGAGAGCUUCUUUUAAGCAGGGCAGGACCGUCAGCAGCAUCCGGACCAAGGCCUUCCAGACAUGUGCAUCACACUUUGUUGUGUAUGUCUUCUAUGAAUUAGCCACAAUGAUUAUAAUUGUUAACUACAGAUUUCCAUCCACAUCCCAAAACAUUAAUAAGUUUCUUGGCAUCCUGUUCGUCAUCAUCUCUCCGGCCAUCAACCCCAUCAUCUAUGGGCUGGUCAGUAAGGACCUGCGUUCCAGCAUCAUCAAGCGUUUUUCUACCAGAACUAAUUUCCAGACCAGCCAAGGUGUGGAGGGGAUCCGCUUUGGUGGCCUUAGGAUCCCGUCUCUGCUUUUUGCAGAUGAUGUGAUCCUAUUGGCUUCAUCAGGUCGGGAUCUACAGCUUUCAYUGGAGCGGUAUGUGGCAGUGUGUGAACCUCUCAGGUAUCACUCCAUCAUGACUUCGGCUCGGCUGCACAGCUGCUGCGCUGUGGCCUGGAUCGUUGCUCUGCUGCUCAUCGCUGUGCUCUUCUCCUUCCACAUGAACGUUCCGCUGUGCGGCCGCUUCCUUCAACACGUCUACUGCAGCAACCGGAUCAUGAUGAGUGUGGCCUGCAUACCCACUCCCAUGAGUGACAUCUAUGGUUUAUCCAUGACCUGGUCACUUAGUACAGGGAUGUUCAUCAUCAUCGCUUUUUCCUACAUCAGGAUCCUGGCAGCUGUUUUGAAGCACGGCAGAACCGACAGCAGCAUCCGGACCAAGGCCUUCCAGACAUGUGCAUCACACCUUGUGGUUUAUGUGUUUUAUGAAAUAGCUACKCUGAUUAUAGUCGUUAGCUACAGAUUUCCUUCCAUCACUAAAAACAUCACUAAGUUUCUUAGCAUCCUGUUCAUCAUCGUCCCUCCGGCCAUCAACCCCAUCAUCUAUGGGCUGGUCAGUAGGGACCUGCGUUCCAGCAUCAUCAAGCGUUUUUCUACCAGAACCGCUCACAAGAACAGACUCUCCGUCACGCAAUGAAUAUUUAUCUCAAAAGCACUAUUUAUAAAUAUGGGGUGGGGAUCUAGCUUAUUGCAAGAAGGGGGAGGAGGUCUGACUGUAUGCUACACCCCCUUCCCCCCAGAUAUGACAUAUGCUAUUUUAUUUAUAUAAUUAUAAGUAAUUUCCACUAUCAGUCAUGUUGUGUCUACCAGAGGAUUCCUCUGGUCAUUAUCUUUCAUUAGAGCCCUCAUUGAUAACUGUAUGCUGAAGCACUGAAGAGUUAGAGUCAUUUGAAGUUUGUAUAUCCAGUGUUGUCUAAGUGUGCCAUUUGGAGACUCCAUGUACCAUGAGGAUGUACAGGUUAACAUGUGCAUCUUUCGGUGGA